CUUUGGACCCGAGUUGUCGUUCUGUUACGGGUGUCCUUUCGCUUUUUUUGUUUUUUGUUGUUUGUUGCUAUGUAGAAUAAGUCCUAUCUGAUAAAAUCCCUCGAGUUUAUCUGUUAUUUUGUUUCAAUAUCUGAAGUACCUAAACGACAUGGAAGUUAACAUAACGAACCCCGAUGGAUUCCUCCAGCGGAAGUGGGAUGCCUUCCUGGAUGUGAUGGGUGACGAUCCCGAAACUCUGUACGUGUGGUUCCAGAAUAUCUACAUUCACUGUUUGUUCUGGAUCCUGGGAGGUUUCUACGUUCUAAUGGACCUUACAGGUUAUCCGAAAUUUAUGCGCAAGUACAAAACCCAACCCGGCAUGAACGAACCACUCACGAAAAGCGACCUCAAAAAGAUUGUGAAAACCGGUCUCAUCAAUCAAUUUGUCGUGGGCCUACCGCUGUCCUACGGGCUGUUCCAUCUCUUCCCCCGGGACGGUUUUCCCGAUGUACGCAUCCUUCCGUCCGGCUUCGAGGUGCUGCGUGACUUUCUAAUCAGCUGCCUCUUCUGGGAGCCCUUUCGGACCACAGUGCAUCGGUUGCUGCACGCCAAGCGGCUCUAUCGCCUGAUCCACAAGCAACAUCACGAGUUUACGGCACCGGUGGCGUGGGCGGCCAUCUACGCCCACCCGAUCGAGCACAUCUUUAGCAACAUGCUGCCGCCGAUGAUCGGCAUUGGGCUGAUGAGGAGCCAUUUGGCGACCACGCUGCUAUGGUUCAUGUACGUGAUUCACGACACCGUAACGACGCAUUCCGGUUAUCACCUGCCCCUGGCGGGCAGCUCCGAACGGCACGAUUAUCACCAUCUCAAGUUCAACCAGUGCUAUGGUGGCCGGGGUCUGCUCGAUUGGAUUCACGGCACCGAUCAGCAAUAUCGUCGGUCCAAGCAGUACCAGCGUGAUCACCGCCUCUGGGGACUCCAUUCGGCACGGGAAUUGGUCCCCGACGACGAUGGCAAAAAUGGCAACAACAGCAGCGCAUCUAAACGGCAUCAAUGACUGACUGUAGGAGUAAGCAUUUGGGCAAAUUCUCAGACCUCCAGACCUCAGCCAACCAACCAACCAAUCAUCGUACCGUGAUCGUGAAGCACAUUUUCGAAGGCAUGUCCAACAUCAGCUCAAUUGUCGCCAUCUCGUAUCGUUCGCUCGUUUAGUGAAAGGAACAACUAAGGUCGCAUUUGGCAAACCCUCUAUCGCACUAAGGCCCAGCUGACCAAUUUCUAGCAGCAGCCUUUCUGCGAGACGCCACAUUAUUAUGAACAUUGUGUAAAAACUUGCAAACAAUAUAAAUAACAAUAAACCAUUCACAAA